AUGAAGGGUGUUAUUGUCCUUUUAUUUGGACGACAUAUGUAAGACACACGAACCUGUGUUUCUAAGGAAUGAAGUAACAAUUUUGGUUCUUGAUUCGUGUUCGAGAAAUGAUGAUGAACGGAGUGAGGCGUAGAUUGUUGCACACUCUGUGUGGCGGCGAUGUCCCAACGGAAGCAUUGAAGAGAAGAGCGUUGGAAUUGGAGAAGAAGAGGAAGAUGAGGAGAUCCAAAACCAAGGACCAAUUCAUCGUUACUGUCCCUGAAUCAUUGUCCUACCUCGACACCGCCACCAUGCCCAUGGUUGUCUUCGCCGUUGGCGUCGCAUGCUUCGCCAAGAUCCUCAUGAUGCUUGAUGAAUCCAGAGAGCAAGAGUUGCUGGAGCGCAAGAUAAAGAAUGCCCCUGCUGGUCAAGGCACUGUGAGAAUGCUCACCCGUGAGGAGUGGGAGAAGGUUCGAGAAAUCAGGCCUAGAACUCCUUUUGAGUCCAAGUUUUCACGCCCGAAUUCCAGAAUAAGAUCUGGAGAACCAUUGCAUCUGGAUGAUUUAAAGGAUUGGACAACUGAUGUUUUCAUGGAUGCUGUUAGCAGAAUUGAAGAGUAUGGUAAACAGGGUUCCAAAUAAUGUAACUUGUCACGAAUUAACCUUGUAUUACCUGUUCAUUCGGUUCAUUUUCUUAUUUUACUGCGUAAUAUAAAUAAUUCCCAUUACUGUGUUUUGCUGAUCUCCUUGAUGAGAUUAACAUGUAAUCAUACAAUUUUCACCCAGGAAAAUUACAUGAAUUGUGUUUGGCAAA